AUGAAGACUUCUAUCCUCAGCCUCGCCCCCCUCCUGGGCCUCACCAACGCCCUUGUCGGUCUCGGCUGGGACGCAGAGAACGUGCCCGAGGAGGGCCUGAAGGACAUCACCUUCCCGAUUGCGAUCCCGGAAGCCACCCACGAGAGCGGCUACUACUUCGCGCAGCAGUACAACUUCGUGGGCGUCAAGGACGUCGGCUACACCGGCCUGCAGCCGCGCUCUGACGAGAAGAACGGCACGAGCAUCAUGCACGGCGUGUUCUCCAGCUUCGUCCCGGGCACCACCACCGACGACCCCAACUGCAGCGAUGGCGCCGACGGCGGCCCGGGCGUCUCCUGCGCCGUCGAGGCCCCCGCCUCCUACCAGUAUCCCUACAACCUGGUGAUCAAGAACACGGAGGGCACCACCUGGACGGGCGCCAUGGUCAACGCCGUGACCAAGCGCUCCGUGCACAUCGGCACCUACACCCUCCCCGCCGGAAGCGGCGGCAUCUCGGGCGGCCAGCUCGGAUUCAUCGAGGACUACAAGGGAUUCACCUCUCACGGCGAGACGUGCAACGAGGAGCCCUACACCAACGUCACUUUCGGCGCGCCCACUACCACCCACGCUGGCGUGGAAGGUAGCCUGGGCGAGCCCUACGAGUACGGCGACUGUGUCGGAAAGGUCAACUUCGACAUCCACGCCAUCGGCAAGAGCUGGCAGAUCUCUCUUGGCUUUUAA